AUGAAUGAUUGUCAACGAAAGAACCCGAGCUACGCAUACGAUAUCAUAACAGACCAAUUCGGCGAGCGGUACGUCAGAAAGAACUUCGCCUCGCGUCCCGAUAUUUUCGAAACUUAUCGCGCUCUCCCCCUACUGACUCAUAAAGCAGAUUUCCUCCGUUAUUUGAUAUUGUUCGCUGAAGGCGGAAUCUGGUACGACCCCAAUGUCUCGUGCGAAGACACGCCUAUAAGCGACUGGGUCCCGAAGAUCAUCACGGCGGCGCCCGACUCGCCGCAUAUAUUGAGAGUGAUUGAAGACAUUGUGGAUACCGUCCGUGAGGCCACUAAAGGCGGCGGUGUUUCCAAGGACACGAUUCAUAACGUGGCAAAUUUAACCGGCGCUGGGGCAUUUACUCGGGAGAUAUUUAAGAGUUUGGGACUGUCUCUGAAAGGGACAUUUGCUAGGGAUAGCAUGUAUAAUAUUGUGAGACCGGUUUUGAUUGAGGAUGUUAUGAUCAUGCCUCGGUACUCGUUUGUAGCAUCGGUCAAUACAUACAAGAAUCCCGAUGUGGUCGGCCCUCCGUUGGUCAGACACCAUGAUGUUAGUAGUUAG